AUGCCCAAAACAACUCUCUUCAUUACAGGCUUUAGCAGCGAUGUCAAGGCCCGCGAACUCGCCGCCGAAUUUGAGACAUUUGGCUCUCUCAUUCGCUGUGAUAUUCCACCACCUCGCUCCAAGCCUUAUGCUUUUAUUGAGUACGAGGACUAUCGUGAUGCCCGUGAAGCAUACCGCGACAUGCACGAACGCCGCAUCAAGUCGGGUGAUGUGAUUUUCGUCGAAUGGGCAAAGACCCCCUUCCGCAAGCGCUACAGAUCUCCUCCUCCCAAGCGUCGCCGCUAUGCUUCUUCGCGCUCUCGGUCGCGCUCUAGAUCCCGCUCUCGGUCACGUUCUCCUCGCCGCCGUGGAGACAGAGAUAGAUCUCGGUCGCGUGACCGUGGUAGCGGUGAUCGUGGCAGCAGUGACCGUGAUCGUGAUCGUGAUCGUGGAAGCGGAAGCGGAAGUAGCAGAUACAGAUCGCGCUCGCCUCCCUCACGUCGUGGCAGAGACAGAUCUAGAGAAAGAUCAAGAGACAGAUACAGCCGAUCAUCACGAUACGGUAGCAGAAGCCCGCCCCCACGCCGUGGAGGUAAUGGCAAUGGCAGUGGCAAUGGAAAUGGAAAUGGAGCAGCACGUUCAGGCUCGCAUUCGCGUUCUGCGUCACCCCACUCACCUGCUAGAUCCCCGGCAAGAUCUCCUGCUCGUUCUCCUGUUAGAUCGCCUGUCCAUUCGCCCAGCCAAUCUCCCAAGCGUGAGGACAGUUCUGCUGCUACUACUGCUGCAACUGAUGUCUCUUCUGAUGCUCCAGCCAAGGAUAGUGCUGUUGAGUCUGCAGGCACUGCUUCUGAUGCCCCGGCAGCUGCGGAAUCCAUUGCUGCUGAUGUUUCAGUUGCCUAA